AUGCGCUGCGUUGUUGCUUGGCUGUCAAAGCAGUGCCAAGGUCCGAAGCACUCAGGGAAUCAUAGCGGACAGGGACCAACUCCACUCAAGCAGCUCAAGGCUUCCAUCAUCACCAACAGCAUCUCCUCUCCGUUAAGCAACAACCCAAUCGCAACCAUGUCUCUCUUCAAGUCCAACAAGAACAAGACCUCCUCUGCUGCCUCGACCCCAGUCCAGACUCCAGCCCAGACCCCCCGCCCGUCGAUCCAAACAGCCCGCACUACCAACCAGUCGAACCUGCUGACCUUCGAUCAGGUCAUCGAUCUGACAAUGAAAAAGUCAAGCUACAACACGGUCACUGGUCCCAGUCUCCUCUAA